AUGACUGCGAAUAAUGAGCAGAAACUAUUGCCCGGGGCAAGCAAAACAAUUCGCCCGGAGGCGUCCACCAGCAAUGGAGAUCGCGAAUACUCAUCAACCAUGGUAGCGCUCACAAUCAUGGCCUCAAGCAUAACAGCAAUGUUUUUGGUUUCUCUGGAUCGCACUAUCAUCUCAAACGCCAUCCCUAGUAUUACGGACCAAUUCCAUUCAAUCGAUGAUAUUGGAUGGUAUGGAAGUGCCUACAUGCUCACGAACUGUGCCUUCCAACUUAUUUAUGGCAGGAUAUACAAGUUCUAUUCUACACAAAAAGUAUUUCUCGUUGCAAUCGGGCUGUUUGAGAUUGGCUCUGCCGUUUGUGGGGCUGCACCAAAUUCCACAGCCUUGAUAAUCGGCAGAGCAGUUGCCGGUGCUGGUUCAGCUGGUGUUCUGGCCGGGGUCAUGCAAAUUUUAGUCCAUGUUGUCCCUCUGGAAAAACGGCCAGUCUACACUGGAGUUCUCAGCAAUAUGUCGGGAAUUGCUUCUGUUGUGAGUCCAAUUCUCGCCGGAGCUUUCACACAGCAGGUCUCAUGGAGAUGGUGCUUUUAUAUAAACCUGCCCUUUGCGGCCGUCUCUAUCGUCAUUGUCUUUCUUCUUGUUAAGACUCCGCCACCGCAGGAAGACGGUUUGCCAAUAACCGAACAGCUUCUCCAGCUAGAUAUCCACGGUCUUUUUCUAUUCAUACCAUGUGUUGUCUGCCUGAUACUGGCCUUACAAUGGGGUGGUUCUACCUAUUCCUGGAAUGACGGCCGUAUAAUUGGCCUGUGGGUUGUAUUUGGCCUGACAUUGGUUGCUUGGCUGGCAGUUCAAGCUUGGAAAAAGGAGAAUGCAACUGUCCCUGGGCGCAUUUUCUUCCAACGCAGCAUCCUUUCUAGUUUUUUGUUCUCCGUCAGCUUCGUCCCGUCAAUGGUGCUACUGGUUUAUUAUAUUCCAAUAUGGUUUCAAGCCAUCAAGGGAGACUCCCCUGUUGAAGCUGGCCUUUCAUUUUUACCCUUCAUUCUUGGCCUAAUGACAGCUGCUACUCUCGGUGGUUUAGUCACACAAAGGAUUGGCUACUACGUCCCCACAAUGAUUGGCGCUUGUGUUGUCUCUGGCGUCGGGACUGGGCUUCUCACGAACCUUUUCAAGCCCGACACAGCCCACUCGACAUGGAUUGGACUUCAAGUCCUCUGUGGCUUUGGUGUGGGGCUGGGGAUUCAGCAACCAAUCCUCGCCGCGCAAACUGUGCUUCCACCCCCGGAUAUAUCCACCGGAAUCGCGAUCAUAUUUUUUGGCCAACAACUUGGUGGCACUAUAUUCCUUCAGGUAGCCGAAACUGUGUUCAGCCAUUCGCUGAAGAAUGGCCUAGAGAAUUUGCCUGGACUGGGCCCAGAAAAGGCCGAUGCAAUCGCGAUCGCCGGUGCGACUGAGUUUCGAACAAUGGUUUCUUCGUCUCUACUUUCUGAAGUGUUGAAAGUAUACAAUCGUGCCAUAGCCCAUACAUGGUAUAUAUCACUCAGCUUGAGCUGUGUUGCCAUUAUACCGGUGCUAUUUAUGGAAUGGAGAACUAUCAAAGCCAAGAGGAGUGGAGCCAAGCGUGUAUCCGAUGCAAACCAAUUAAGAGGAACUUCGGAGACCGCCGACACCAACAGCCAGCAAGCAACGCCAACGAAAGAAGAAAAUAUCUCUUCAAAAGGCACCGAAGAUGUUUGA